AAGAAACGAAAUUCUGGCGCAAUCUCGCUUCUGUCGCGGCUUGAUGAGGAUACAAAGGAGACUCGGGCUGAACCACCGCCUCCUAUAUGGUGGCUGAACCCACCAACCUCGCAGCACCUUUGAAGAGCCCUGCAGAGUUCCGAGCGCGAAAAGGCGGCGCUUGACGAUGACGUCAACGCAGGCACCCAUGAAGCCCAGCGUCUGCUCCACAAAGCGAGACCGAGGGGACGACGAGGACACCCCGGAAGACAAAGCUGUCAAGAGCCAGAGGAGCAAUGCUAAGCCCCCCCUUACUCUGCCCGUCACCCCGUCUCGAUAUGACGCCCCUUUCCCCUUUUACCGGCGGCCAGCUGAAGUGGGGCGCUUUUCCUUGGACUCCCAGCGCUGUUACCAUGGCGAUGCUAGCCAGCUGCACUACUACGCCCCGCCCCCCACAGAAGGCCCCUCCCCCGGGUUCGACCUGCGUGAAGGAUACCGCGACCGCUACGUGCAGCGAGACGAGAGUGUCCACGAGGGACUGGAGCACUUGCUGCAGUGGGUCUCUCAGAACCGGAAGCAGCUGCAGGGCGCAGAGGAGAAAGGACAGCUGCUGAACACGGACUUUGUGACGUGGCGGGGGCAUCUCACAAAAGUGCUCACCACCCCCUAUGAGAAGCAGGACGGGUGGCUGCUGGCGGUCAGCCUCUUCCGGGGGACCCUCUACGUCAGCGAGGUCGAGACCGAGUCUGCCCGGAGGCAGAGGGAGCAGCGCUCGGAAAUGCUGAAGGAGCUCAUGUACAUGGGCUACAAGUUCGAGCAUUAUAUGUGUGCAGAACUAAAGAAGGCAUCAGAAAUGCCACUGCAGUUGUUUAUCUCUUCUGUGAAUGGCGGCGCGGCCAAUGAUACGAGUCAUUUCGGAACCAAGCCUUUGUCAAGAGGUAUAGAUAUUGUCUUCCAAAACCAGCACAAGAUGAUCAAGUGGUGGGCUCAGUCCUUCCUGCCCGGCGUGUCACGGAUUGUGGCUGGAUAUCGGGGACCGGAUGGCUCCGUGGUGGGACUGGAGACCUUUGAGACCAUGAAGAUAUUCCAGCUGAUCAGGGAAGACCCAGGCUGCUGGAAGCCGGCCGUGUGUAUGAAUUUUUGUGCAGCCUUCCUCAGCUUUGUCAAGAAAGUGGUGACGGAGGACAAUCCAAAGCUGGUCCAUCUCUUUGCUUGGGAACCGGGGCACCCUGUUUCCUUCACUGUGCACCGUGAUUCCGAGUACACCUUCUUGCCCGACUGGUACGUGGAAGCUCUGAGCAUGGAGAAGCCCCCGACGCCCCAGAUCCCAGACUGAUGAGCUCGACCUCGGGGAGAAGCUGGUUUUUGGAUCGAGAGCCGGUGGGCCCAGCAACCCAGGGUGGGAGAAAGAGGAGAGGAUGAAGAGAGACUGAAGGUUGGAUGAUGGGGUAACCUCCACCGCUCAUCCCCCCCCCCCCCAUGAUGAAACUGGA